UAUUUGUGUUUUUGUGAAUGUUACAGCCACAUCGCUUCAGUUUCCUUAAGAAUUCUGGAAAACCCACGAGCGAAAGGCAAAACCAAUUAAGUACUUACCAGCUUGACAACAUACUAUAUUUUUGCAAACCAAUUCUAGUCUGAUUAAUGGAGGAAUCAACAUUUCAGAUUGAUCAAUUGCCUGGCUUCCGGUUCCACCCGACCGAAGAAGAGCUCCUAGGCUUCUACCUUAGAAACACAAUUUUCGGGAAGAAAUUUAGCUUCGAUAUAAUCGGUUUCCUCAACAUCUACCGUCAUGAUCCCAAGGACUUGCCCGGCCUUGCUAAGAUUGGGGAGAGAGAGUGGUACUUCUUUGUGCCGAGGGACAGAAGGCAGGGAAACGGCGGGAGGCCGAACCGAACCACUGACACCGGGUUUUGGAAAGCAACGGGUUCGGACCGGAAGAUACUCUGCUCAAGUGACCCGAAGAAGAUGAUGGGACUGAAAAAGACCCUGGUGUUUUACAAGGGGAGGGCGCCCCGGGGCUGCAAAACUGACUGGGUUAUGAAUGAGUAUCGUUUGCCUGAUAAUUGCCCCUCACCAAAGGACAUAGUGCUGUGCAAGAUAUACAGAAAGGCAACCUCCUUGAAAGAGUUGGAACAGAGGGCCCAAAUUGAAGAAGAUGAAAGGAAGACUACACUAAUCCAUUCACUCACACCACCACCACCACCACCAACACCACCAAUGGACACUACCAUCUCCUAUAAUUACAGUCCACAUGUUGAAGAAGAGUUCGUGCCGCCAAUGGCCGCGCAACACGUGGCAUUCAAGAAAGAGUAUGAAGAUCAUAGUCCAGACCAAUUCAUAGUAGAGGAUCAAGGGAAAAGCUAUUAUCAAGAUGAAGAAGCAGAGGAGGGUAAUUAUAAAGGGAUUAAUACUGCUGCUUCUCUGCAGUUGACAGAGCUACAAGUGCCCAAGUGUAACAUGGACUGGACCCAAGAUCCCUUUUGGGCACAGCUAAGAAGCCCAUGGCUUGACACUCUGAUGACCCCUCCUUAUGCUAACGUACUUAAUUUCUAAGAUAUGAUCAUGCCUUUUUUUUUUUUUUUUCUUUUUUCCCCCUGAUAACUCAGGUGCUUGGGCCAAUAUAAGCGCAACAUAAGAUUAUGUGUGUUCAUUAGUGUAGAUAAAUUAGAAGACAUCCUAAUUAGGACCUGUGAAGUCGACCCUGUGAAAGUGGCGAAUCAGGCCCCGUUCCAGAACACUUUCUUAAAAAAUAAGUACUUAUUUCACAUUUUUAAACUCAAAAGUGAUGUAAAUGAAAAAUAAUUUUUUUAAUUUUUUUUGUACCGUAUUAAAGAUCUCAUUGAGAUCUAUUAAACAAGAUCCAUAUUGAUAGAAAAAUAAUUUGCGUAAGCACAUGAUUUUUGAGCUUGAAAUUGCCUUCUUAAAAAAUAAGGACUUAUUUUCCUUUCCGGAACGGAAAGUUUCGAGGAUAUCUUAUAACUUUGUUCAGAAUCCUUGAAAGGGUUUAUUGACCGAGGUAAAUAAAUAAGUCUAGAUCUAUUUUAAUGGAGUAGAACUGAGUUCAUGUUUCCUAGUACCUUUCUGCAUUCUUCUUUGUGUGAAUUGGCUACUUCCUGAAACCUCUAAUGCUUUUGUUUUGAGUGCCUGUUUAUGUGCUAUGGGUAUUGGGAGAGAUGGAUCAUCGGAUCGAUCAACGAGUCAAAACAUGGCUUGAGCCUUGUGUCUUGAACUGAUAUUGAAU